AUGGAGAAAAAAGUGGAGAAAGAGUUACAGGAUGCACAGGAAGACAUAAAAGACGCAAUCAAUGCCGAGAAGAAAAGAUCUGCCUCCAUUUCCAGUCUGGAGCAGCAGUCUGUUGAGCUCGAUGCCUCACUCACGGGUCUGCAGGAGGAAACACACAGCGCCAGGAAGAGGCUGUGGAAGAAGUGCCUAAAGUGGAUAAUAGUUGCAACUAUUAUAUUUCUCAUCCUCGGAGGCCUGCUGUUCUCCUACGUAUACGAUAAACUAAAGUCCUCUCUGAAUAUGCUCAAUUAA